AUGGCAACCGCAAAUUUGCAAUUAUAUAGAUGCACUGCUGCAUCCCCUGUUUAUGGUUUAAAACGAAGAUCGUUUUGUGUACCGAAGCUAUUGCCUUUAUGUAAAGAGAGAAGCAUUACUUCAAAGAAGCUAUUGCCUUUAUGCAAGGAGAGAAACAUUACUUGGGAUGCAUAUUUUGUGUCUGCCCCUACUUGUGAGGGGACAAAAUUUAAGUUGGCAGUUCAAAAUGGAAUUCAUGAUACCAUUGGGAGAGAUCUGGUUGCGAUCAGUGUUAAUGGCAUUGUCACUUCUGGAGCAAAACCUAUAUUUUUCCAUGAUUUUUUUGCAACCAAACACCUUAAACUUGACCUUGCAGACAAGGUCACACAAGGUAUUAAGUAUGGUUGCCAACAAUCUGACUGUCAUCAUCUAGAGUUCCAGAUGAGAGAGAUACCAAAUUUAUGUGAUAGAGACUGUGACCUCUGUGGUAUUGCUGUGGGCAUUAUGAAAAAGGAUUCAGUUAUUGACGGGAAAAGUAUCAACGCUGGAGACGUUCUUAUAGGUUUACCAUCUAAUGGAGUUCAUUCAUAUGGUUUUUCUCUUGUUACAAGCGUACUGGACGAAAGUGGUUUUUCUUUGAAAGACCAGCUUCCUGGUGAAUCUAUUACACUUGGUGAAGCUUUGAUUGCCCCAACUGCUAUAUAUGUUAAACAGGUUCUUGAUAUCAUUAGCAAAGGAGGGGUUAAAGGAAUAGCCCACAUUACAGGAGGCCUCUUCACUCACAAUGACAUCUUCAAUGACAAUAUCCCUCGAGUAUUUCCUAAAGGCGUUGGAGCCCUUAUUUACCAGGGAUCUUGGACAAUUCCUCCUGUUUUUAAAUGGAUUCAAGAGGCUGGAAGAAUAAAAGAUGCUGAGAUGAUGCAGACUUUCGAUAUGGGAAUUGGGAUGGUCCUUGUAGUAAGUCCAGAAGCAGCUGAUCGGAUACUUGGUGAAGUACACAAGACGAGCAUUGCAUACCGGAUUGGUGAGGUUGUAAAGGGCGAUGGAGUACGGUGGUCAUCAGAAGAUAUCAAUAUCAGCAUGUCUCCGUCCAUUCAAGAAUGA